AUGUCUCGUGUAACCACAGGAUUCGGUUUUAGAUCAGAAUCUCAAAACAACGAUAAAGGAGCGGUCUGCGGUGACAUUGCAGACUACACCGACUGUUAUCUGUUCAUUUCCCACGACUCUAUACAAGACUAUCUUACCGGGGAGUGGAUGGGAAUGUUGGAACCGGAUAUGACUUAUUGGAACAUUGUCUUCACUAUUCCCUUCCCUUUCCUGGCUUCCUUUCGCAAGAUCUCUGACAGCGAGAUACAAAACAAAAUGAUAUCUAAAGAAAUCGAUGAAAUGGAGCGGAAGAAGAUGGCGUUUGUGUCAAAGAAGACCGUGGAAGGAACUACAGGAAAAGACCCAGUACAGCAAGGACAACGACGUCUAAACCUCUUGCAGAGGAUGUAUCAUUUCUAUAAUGCACCUGUGGUUAAAUUCUUCAUAUACAUUUUAAUGUACUUUGCUUUCCUUGUAAGCUUCUCAUACGCUCUGCUGAUAAAACAACCAAAAACCCGAGCAAGCGGGACUAUGGACAAUGCUGAGUUCGUGGUUUACAUAUGGACAGUCUCUAUCAUACCAGUUGAGAUAAGACAGAUUUACCACUCCUGUCCCUCCACUACCAUGGGCAAGAUAAGAAACUACCUAUCUAACCAAUACAACAAGUUUGACGUGUACAGCAUGAUGUUCAUCUUUAUCUCCUUCUGCUGCAGAGUCCUCCCCAGACUAGGACUCCCGGAGAAUGCUGACAAUCUCCCUCCUGCUCGUCUGGAGGAGGCUGUCUUCAGAGUCUUCUUUGCUUUCGGUUUUGCGGGGAUGUGUUUACGUUUGUUACAGGCCAUGCAGAUCAACUCUCGGUUGGGCCCUAAAGUGCUGAUGGUCGCCUCCAUGAUCAUGGAUUUGGUGUUCUUUCUCGGCCUGCUGGGGAUGGCUCUCAUCUGCUACGGGGUACCUACUAAGAGUUUAAUUACUCCGACUAAGUCGAAUGUAACUACUGAUAUGAUAUAUGACUUGUUUUGGAGACCGUAUAUAAACAUGUUUGGAGAACUAGAUCUGGACUCCUUAACUGAGGAUAUUAAUGAGGGGUACUGUCUGCUGGCUAACCAGUAUAACCAUACUGUUAACUGUACUGAUGCCAAGACCGCGUAUGAUUGUAGCGCUGACAAGUAUUGCUUUUAUAACAGGUUGCUGAUAUAUUUAAUGAUGUCGGCGUAUCUGAUGGUAGUAGCUGUGAUGAUGCUGAACUUGUUAGUGGCUGUCUUCACUUUCACCUACGAUCAGAUAAACGCUAACUCUGCCAUACUGUGGAGAUGGCAGCGGUAUGAGCUCGUUACAGAGUUCAAAAUGAGAUCUAGUCUCCCCAUACCAUUCAAUACCAUUGUACUCUGUGUAUUCUUUCUCAGAUUCCUUUACAGAAAGAGUUGUUCACGUGGAGAGUUCGUGAGGAAACGUGACGCGUACAAACGCCGCCAUGAUCACAAGCAAGACCGGAUCUCCCUGCUCGAGAGUGAGUGUCGCAGGAACCUGCUCAACAAACUGAACGAAGUAACAGAGAUGAAGCAGAUCCAACACCAGGUUCAUGUCUGUGCGACUAGUGUGGAUUCCUUGACCAGUGCCGUUCAGGAUUUCAACCAAAACUUGCAGAGUAUUGUUGACCAGACAGUCAAUGCACGAUGCACACCAGAUCUCAACCAUCAGGCUCACCAAUCCUCUGCUCCCCAAGGGACGACAAAUCUUAACAACUGGGGCCAUCAAUCCUCUGCAACACAAUCUCUGAUGUCUAUUGGAACAGCUGCUGCACUGAGUGUGGGACAAGGAGACAGAACUUACCCUGGAUCAGCAGUAGUCCGGGAUUACGUGCCGCCCAUCUACCAGAGCUGGAGUGUCGUAUUUCUGACGUACAAUCCUCCCUCUUACUCUCAAGAUCCCGGUCCUGACAGCUCUUCUGCAGAGUACAAUACAGGGGACAGAAGGAGCUCACUAGGAAUAUACGGAGUGAGAGAUCACCUGCCCUUAAACCCCAGAGGGAGAACCGGUUUAGCUGGCAAGGGGAGUCUUCCUCACUGGGGACCCAACCAUAUCGCUGUUCCUAUAGUUACUCGGGGUCAAGGGACGGAGUUAGAAGUUUUGUUGUUUGAAGAUGGAGGCAUUGUUGCAUUACUAGAAAUAACGACACCAUUCAACCCCCUUCCUACUAUUAUACACGAGCUGACUACUAUUUUCACGACUUACUCUUCUGAGAUGGUUACAGACAAACUAUCGAGUCCAACUGAGUCCAGAGAAGCUUCGAAUUCAACUGCAGAGGUCACUGAACAAUCUUCAGAUGCGAAUCCAACUUUAGAGGACAAAGAAUCAAAAUAUCUUUUCUUUAAGAGGGGUUUGUUGAUAGAACGGGAAUAUCUGGACUCCACUUUCAACACUGACAAUGCCUGGCUGGAGUUUACCUGCUACAAUUUUCAUGACCACGACUCAGAGUUACAUGACUUUUCGAUUAGGAAUACCGCAUAUCGGUGGGCCAUGAUUACUGAGACUUGUUUUAACAAACCAAAACAUUCCAGUUUAAUAAACAAAAUCAGUUUAAUGCGAAGACAUUAACAACCAAACUUUUUUUCGAGAUUGAAUUCAUUUCUCGGUCAAGAGUGCAUGUAAUAUUAAUAUCACAGUGCUGGCAAGCACGACCACUGCGGGUUUUGGGGUUUUACUCUCCCCGUAAUCAGCAAAGAGCACAAUGCCAAUGGUGAGUAAGAAAACACAACCGAAGAUACAGCCAAUUGAAAUGUUGCUCAUACUAAACACAGCGUAAUAUCGACAGAACUGAUCAAAAUGACGUUAAAACAAUCAUUGCACGUGCGGUUGCGUGUAAUAAUUAUCGUUACCAUGGUAACUACGCAACUUCCUAUUUCUCGUCUGAUUUGCACGUGGGCGGUUGUAUAAGGUUUUAUAACGUUUUCCGAUAAUUAUCAAUAUUUAGGAGUAUGUUAGAAAAGGUCAAUCGGUAUUUAUACGUGUGCCAUAAGUUCAAAGUUAUGAUUAUUUGCUUUGAAGAUGAAGGGUUUAUAAAAAUUGCUUGAGAUUGGCUGUUGUAUUGAAUGAAUGGUGCUGCUUAUGUGUAGU